AUGUCGAUAGCUGCCAGCUUCUUCUUGGAAACCAAUUCAGUAGAAUUUCAAAAUCGUUAUUUAUGUUCGUACUGUCAUCAUCUACUUGUCGAUCCACGAUUUCUUGCAUGCGGUCAUCAAUAUUGCUUCCUUUGCCUUGAAAAGGUUCUUAAAACAAAGCCAGCUCGAUGUACACGAACCAGUUGCGGUAAAACCAUAGCAACAGAAGGAAUUUAUCCCAACAUACCCAUGGAAAACGAACUAGAGCAUUUUACAAACAUCCUUUGUCGAAAUCAGUCGAAUGGCUGCACUUGGAAAGGCAACUAUUCAGCCUAUAAAGACCAUUUGCAAACAUGUCAGCACGAGCGUUUCCAAUGCGAAUGUUGUUCAACAGUGUUUAUUCAACGCCUUGCAUACGAACAACACUCUUCACUUUGUCCAAAAGCUCUUGUGUCUUGUCCUUUAAAUCAAUUCGGUUGUACUAUUCAAUUACCGCGUGAAAAUCUUGCAAAUCAUGUUCUUUCAUCGUCAGUCGAACAUCUGCAGAUCAUCGCCAGUGCACUGGCAUCUCCUCAAGUUGUGUCGACAUCUGAAAAUACCAGUCCCGCUGAAAUGAAUCUUCUAAAGAGUGAAUUUCAUCGACUAAUUCAAUUCUACGAGCAGUUCCGUGCUGAACAGCAAACCAUACUGACAAAACAUGAACGGGAUAUUAGUCGCGCCCUAGUCAAUUCUCAAUUGAAUAAAGGCGAAAUCUGUACUUUGGAAAAGAAACUCCCCACAUUGAAAUCAUCGAAUUACAACGAUGGCACUUACGUUUGGAUUAUAGAAAACAUUCAGGAUCUAUUUCGAAAUGCCAAAAACUCACCGCAACCAAUCCAUGUCAUCUCGCCUCCAUUUUACACAGCUAAUGAUGGCUACAAACUUUCACUGAAAUUGUAUUUGAACGGUGAUAAGUCUGCUCGAGAUACUUAUCUGUCAUUAUACGUAACUAUUCGCCGAAACGAUUACGAUGCACUAUUGAACUGGCCAUUCGCUUAUCCAAUCACCCUCUGCCUAUUCGACCAAAGCCAGAAGCACGAUCAUGUUGUGCGAACAUUAACACCGGACAUCGAAAGUAAAUGUUUUCAACGGCCAGAAAUGGACGCGAAUGUCAGUGCUGGUAUACCGGAAUUUUGCCCACUUUGGAAGGUGUUUAGUAAAGAUUUUGAUUAUGUUCGAAAUGAUAAAAUGUAUAUCAAAGCUUGUGUUGAUUUCAAUAUCUUUCCAGCAAAGGUCUGGUCGCACUGGGCCAAGUUACAAUCAUCUGGUUUACCAAGCCAUGUUCAAUAUGUUAAAUUACGAGAAUUAUUAAGCAAUGAACACUAA